AUGACCGAGCCCUUUUGGGCUGCUGCUGGCCCAUCGCGGCCCACUUCCUCCAGCUUUGUGUCGGUUCCCGCACCUACGCCGAUCAAGAAGAAGAGAGGACGAUUUUCCGGAGAGAACAGGCACAACGCAACAAGCUUGAUCCCUUCUAUUGUGAACCCGCCCUCGCCCGAGCUCGUGCCAAGGCAUUCGUCUAGUGCAAGCAGCUGGGGCAUCGAAGACCUUUCAGACUCGGAUGGCGACUACGACUGGCCAACGGCAUCCCUAUCUUCCACAGCCCCCGCUUAUCCCAGCAUGCCGCCCAACACGAGUCCAGACCUGGAUCGUGACGAGCUAGCCAGGCUGGCAAGGCCGUCAAAACGAGUACAUCUCGAAACACCCGAAGAUCAGCAAACCUACGGCAAAUUAGCUGGACUACGCAUCGACCCCAACACGCUGGCUGCAUCUGUACCGAGCGAGACCUCUUUCGGACGACCACAGAAUUAUCGAUCCAACAGCGGCGUUGCCGGCGCUUUCGGGCUGAGUGCUUCCUUGGCUUCUGCAUUCGGAGCCAAUCCCGACAGCCUUGCAUUUGCUCCAAGAGUACCGCCUUCAAGUCCAACGAAGACCGACGCAACCCCUUCUUCCUUUGGCGGGUCAGCUUCCAAUUUAUACCAGCAGGCGGUCGCACCCGUUCCUCCCACCUCGCCGAGCGUGGCCGACAGAGCCAUCGCCCCACCCAGCUCACCCUUGCAAGCAUACGGCUUCCCCAACAAAGCGGCGCUUCCAAUCGAGAGAUCCAGCUCCGCCGAGUUGGAGGACAGCGACAUGAGGCAGCGUCGGGGCGUACCGUCUAGCUACGAAGUCGAGCCAGAUCGUAUCGUGGUCACCAGUCUGGAUGAUACCUCAUCGUCUGAAGGCGAUGCCUCCAGCGAGGUUGGUGGUCAAAAGACGCCCGAGGCAGAUACGUCGACGGACAGCAAAGACAGCUCCAACGAAUUUGUGAUCAACAACGAGCUGAUGGAGAAGCUCGAAGCACACAGCAGGGCCGUGCUCACUGGUACAUCCGAUCGAGACAAUGCCGCUUCCACAUCCCGAUCAAGCGCAUCGUCGGGCAGCGGGAGUCGAUCUCGACGCUCUGGGAGGAGGUCGACGGGCUCGGCAGUCCCGAGUCUGGGAUCUUUGCUUAGCAGUCGCCGAAGAUCGGCACAGUCGAGCCCUGGUUCGUCCGGGUACGCAUCGCCGAUCAAUGCCGAAGAAGCACGAGGUGCUCUCAUUCUGUGGAAGGAUCCGGAAGAGGUGCUCAAAAGCACAUCUGCAUCGACGUCGUCUCCACUCAAGCAAAGCGGCUUGGCUUCAGUUCCAGAGAAUGGCGCUGCUGCUGCGAGUUUGAUGGAGCAAUCUCCCGUCUCGUUCCAGUCAGGAUCGGCCCUCCCUCGACAUUCAACAAGCAAUACGGGUCCGUUCAGCAGCAGCCAUAUGUCCAGCUUUUCGGAGAUUCCGGGCAUGACUUCGUUACCAUUACUUUCGCAGGCUGCCGAGAGCCCGUUGUAUGCGCAGCAGUCGUCCUUGUCGAGCUCCUACUUUCCUGAGCCUUCUGCGCUCGAUGCUCGCUUUUCGAAUCAGAUGGCACAGCCGGUCCAGUUCGGAGGAACAUCGACGCAUCAGGCCAUGGCACCACGCUCGCACCACGACAACAUCGCAUUUGGACAGGCCCAGCCUGCUUCAACAGCCUUUUCGACUGGUAUCACCAUCCCGCAGCACCACUACGGACAUCAUUACAGUUCGAAUCCACAGCCAGCUGCAACUGGGCAUGACUCGCACGGCGGAACGGCCCACGUCGCCCAACAUGCGCACACUGCUGGAGCUCAACCGAUCGAUCUGUCGGGCUGCUUCGGCCCAGCCGAAGGAAUGGAUCUCGACGAUUGA